CACGCAGUAGGUUUCUCGUCCAUUUUCUUCCGGCAUCUCGACGUGUGAGGUUGAUUACGUUCCUGAUCGAUUUGAUUAUAAAAUCGGAAAGAAAGAAAAAUGAAUAAAUCUAUCAGAGAUGCUAUAUCAAAUGUGGAACACGUGGCGAAGCGGCUCACGCCAGAGGAAAUCGAUAAAAUGAAGGCACAGGAUUCUCGCCUAGUAUCUGAAUUUCGUGCAAAUCAGCUCGAGAAAGACGCGAAAAAGCACUGGGAUUUAUUCUACAAACGAAAUGAUACAAGAUUUUUCAAAGAUAGACAUUGGACCACGCGAGAAUUUGAUGAGUUACUAGGUUUGGGCGGCAACGACGGUCAAAAUGUCCUUCUCGAGGUGGGAUGUGGAGUCGGAAAUUUCGUUUAUCCAUUGAUAGGAGAUGGAUUGAAAUUUCAAAAAAUAUUCGCGUGUGAUUUAUCCCCGAGAGCGAUUGAGUUGUUUAAGAAUCACACAUUAUUCCAUCCGGAAACAAUGAAAGCUUUUCAAACGGAUAUUACAUUAGAAAAUUGUUUCGCUGAAAUUAAUUGUCCAGUUGAUGUUACAACUCUCAUCUUUGUAUUAUCAGCUAUUCAUCCUGAUAAAUUUUACAAAGUUGCCCAAAAUAUGUACGACGUUCUUGGCAAUGGAGGAAUCUUACUUUUUAGAGAUUAUGGGUUGUAUGAUAUGGCACAAUUGCGGUUUAAACCUGGACACAAGAUUAGUGAGAAUUUCUAUAUGCGGCAAGAUGGAACCAGGAGUUAUUAUUUUUCUGUAGAACAAAUAGUAAAUUUAUUUGAAUCUGUUGGUUUUCAUACACUGAAUUGUGACUACAUAAAAAGACGUACGAUAAAUGUAAAGGAAAACAUUGAUGUUCCAAGAAUCUUUGUUCAGGCAAAGUUCAAGAAAUCUUGAAUAUGUAAUAAUACAAAGAUAUUAUAAUUCAGUAACACUUUAUGAUGAACUAUAUAGGAUUGAAAUAAAAAUGACAGAUUAUGUGAAAAAUGUAUUAUACAUGAUUUAAUGCACGUAAUCGAAAAACGACAUAGUCGACAUUUAAGACAUAUUACUAUCAGACUAUGGAUAUAGACUACCAGCUGGAAGGAGGAAAUCUUCCUUAAAUAUAUUAUAUGUUAUCAGAUGGAAUGAUUAAAAGACUGGAAAAAGAAAAUCUUCCUUAAAUAUACUAAAGAAUUAGAAUGAUGAAUGGCUUUGUGUAGGAAUGAUUGACUCAUAAUCAGAUGUUCCGAUUCACUCUUGUGAACUCUGUUUAUUUGUUUAUAAGGGAUUGAUUAACGAAUGAAGUUUUAAGUGAAAGAUGAUUCUAUUCAUUCCGAGAACAAAUUUAUCUUUAUACAUAUUACGGAAAAAAAAA